AUGGACGAAGAAAGCCAACUGAUGCAGCCCCAAGACCAGAGCUGCUGGGCCACUCUGCCCGAUGUGUGCCUACAACGUGUUUUCUGGUGGCUGGGAGAUAGGGACAGGUCCAGGGCAGCCCUUGUCUGCAGAAAGUGGAACCAGAUGAUGUAUUCGGCUGACCUCUGGCGAUACAGGACCAUCACGUUCAGUGGGAGACCUUCCAGGGUACAUGCAUCUGAAUUUGAGUCAGCUCUUUGGUAUGUUAAGAAAUUUGGUCGUUACCUGGAGCACCUAGAGAUCAAAUUCCUGAAUCCUUACAAUGCUGUCUUGACCAAGAAGUUCCAGGUCACCAUGCGAGGCCUUCUCUCGAGUCUGGGCAAGAGUAACAACCGCCUGAAAUCCCUUUCCAUUCAGCACCUGGAGCUGGACCGCCUGGUCUGGAGGAACAGCAUCAGGAGCUCGUUCAUUAAAAGUCUAAGCUUCUUCUUAAAGAAGAUGGGCAAACACCUGGACUAUCUCAACCUGAAAGGCACCCGGCUGACUGUGGAGCAAGGCUGCCACGUUCUCAACUCCCUGAGCUACUUAAGGAAUGAGAGUAUGGCGUCGGAGCUCAACAUCGAGGACUUCUUCAGCCACCACCUCGCUAUCUACAGCAGCCCCCAAUUCAACAAGACCAUGGCCACGUUCCGCAACCUGGUGUCCCUGACCCUGAACUACAACUGCAUCUCCGACGAGCUGCUGGAGAACUUGUGUGAGAACAAUGCCAGCACCCUCUGGACCAUAAACAUCAAGUGCCACAUUCAUGACCCCCACGGGCAGGUCAUCUGGGGCAUGUCCUGGGCCAAAUUGGCCAGGUACGCCACCAAUCUGAAAGUGAACUUCUUCUUCGAGCGGGUCAUGAAGUAUGAGCGCUUGGCCCGGAUCCUCUUGCAGGAGAUCCCGGUCAGGAGCAUCAGUCUGAGAAGCUGUUAUUUCAGUGACCCCGACUGGUCCAUGAGGCCCACCCUGCUGGAUCUCCUGCCCACCUUCCGGCACACUCUGCAGAAAUUAACUUUUGAGUUCAACAACAACCAUGAGUCGCUUGACAAGGAGCUGCACCUCCUCAUCUUAUCCUGCAGAAAGUUGUUUUACUUCAAAAUCUGGGCUUUCCUUGAUGUUAAGUUUGUGGAGCGGAUCCUGAAGAGUCAGGAAGAAGGGCAGUGUGCCCUGCGCACUCUCAAGGUGAGAAUUUACACGAACAGAUAUGAGACAAAUGAAGAGGACAGGACACUGCGGGAAAUUUACCGAAAGUACAGAAAGCUGAUCGAUUCAGAGCUUAAUUAUUUUGUCAUCGCCUACCCCAUGAUGUAG